AUGUUUCCAGAGUCCCGGUUUCCCAAACUCUCCGAGCGUCUUCCGUCCAUCGUGGUGGAGCCCAGCGAGACCGCCACCGUGGAGAGCGGCGAGCUAAGAUGGCCGCCAGACAACGCCCCGCCCCCGACAGUUGAGACGAGAUGCGACGAAGGUUCCAAGUCUCCUCCUCUUCCUCAGUCUGUAGUCCAAGUCUCCUCCUCUUCCUCAGUCUGUAGUCCAAGUCUCCUCCUCUUCCUCAAGUCUCCUCCUCUUCCUCAAGUCUCCUUCUCUUCCUCAGUCUGA